GCAUGAAUCUCGGUUGAGCUUUUCGUUGCUUUUAUCGUGACGCAGCAUUCGUUUCUCACACUUGAUUUUCAAUUCUAUUAUAUUAGUGAAAAAUCAAAGAUUUAGAACAGUGAUUCUCCGUCACCAGAACAAUUUUGAGAAAGAAACAAUACGGCGACUGAGUAACGUGGGAAAUUUAGAUUUAUCUACGACUGCGAUGUCACCUGUCGUCGAUAAUUAGCAAUUAAGCUGCAAUCCGAGAUGCAUUAGCAUCGUACAACGACGGGAAACCACGACGCCGAUGACAAUGCUAGGUUCAGAACAACGGCAGUGAAAGAUGGUGGAAGAGUUGAGUAUAACGAAGGCUAAGGCCCCACCACCACCAUUGAAUCUCAACGAGGCGAUCGAGGACGAAGUACUGAACCAAAAGACUGCUAGAAUCCUUAAGAAUGACCUUCUUCUACACGAGGCUGUGAUAAAAAACGAAGCGGACACCGUUCGUAAAGUACUUAAGGAGACUGUUGACGUAGAUUCCAGAAAUAAUUAUGGUCGCGCUCCGAUUCAUUGGGCAGCAUCUAGAGGAAAUACGGAAAUUAUUGAAAUGCUAAUGCAAGCCAAAUGCGAUAUCGAAGCGAGAGACAAGUAUGGAAUGCGCCCUUUACAUAUGGCUGCUCAGCACGGGCAUCGAGAUGCGGUGAAGAUGUUGAUCAAUGCUGGAGCAAACGUAUCCGCGGUUAAUAAGAAACAAUACACCCUCUUAAUGUGCGGUGCUCGCGGCAGCAACGUAAACGUGGUGGAGUAUCUCGCGGAAGCCGUGGAAUCGUUAAACGGUGAGGCCGUCGAUUCGACUGGUGCAACUGCACUUCACCAUGCAGCCAUUUCCGGACAUCCUGCAGUAAUAACAGCGCUUGCUAAUAUCCCACGGAUUGUACUCGACGCCACAGAUAAGAAAGGACAAACCCCGAUGCAUUAUGCCUGUGCUGAAGAGCACUUGGAAGCGGUCGAAGUCCUUAUAGGAUUAGGCGUGAACGUAGAUGCCCAAGAUAAUGAUGGGAAUACCCCACUUCACGUAGCCACCAGAACGAGGCACACCGGGAUAGCGCAAUUAUUAUUAAAAGCUGGGGCGAAUACCGAGCUAACCGACGCGGAGGGCUUCACUCCUCUUCACGUUGCCGCGAGUCAAGGAUGCAAAGGAAUACUCAACUCCAUGAUUCAGCAUGGAGCUGAUCUUAACAAGCAGUGCAAGAAUGGUAACACAUCUUUGCAUCUGGCCUGUCAAAACAACGAAGUAGAAACGAUAGAAAUAUUAAUUAACAAAGGUGUCGAUCUCAAUUGUCUAAAUCUGAGACUUCAAUCACCGAUACAUAUUGCAGCCGAGAUGGGACAUACGGAUAUUUGUGAAUUACUUCUUGCAGCGGGUGCGAAUAUUGAACAAAAAGAACAGAGCGGUCGGACACCACUUUAUAUUGCGGCGAGGGGCAGUUUUACGGCAAUUGUCGACAUGAUCAUUAAAACCGCGAGAUUGGAUUAUCCGACUCCGGAAAUAUCAAAUUCGGACAAAGAGGUCCGAGAGUUAACCCCAGCACGAAGGCGAUGGAGAGAAGGGUCACGAGGUGGCAGCAUCUCUAGCAACAAUGGUCGUUUAUCCGAACAAGUUCGAUCCAUUCUCUGGAAAUUGGCCUACAAACAAUUAGCACCUGGCGAUUGGAAAAAAUUAGCUCUUCAUUGGGCUUUCACUCCUGAACAAAUCAAAGCUAUCGAGCAUCAAUAUACAGCUCCAAUUGUAGGUUCUUCGAGUUACAAAGAGCACGGAUUUCGAAUGCUAAUUAUUUGGGCUUCCGGAUUAAAUCCUGACGUACAAUUAGUAAAAGAGCUCUGCGAUGCUUUGUCAGCGGUGGAUAAAAAAACAAUUGCUGAUUCCGUUCGUAAGCAAAUAGAACAAGGAAACGACAGCAAGGCAAAAUCGAAAGGGCAGCGAUGUCAUAAAUGUUCUAUCGCAUGAAUCUACAAGUGCCAAGCUCAAUCUCACGUAAAUUCUGCACAUACAUAAAAAUAUAACGAAUGUUGUAACUUGUAUAACUUGUUGUAAGAACUAUUGCUAUUGGAAAUUUGAAAUUGGCGAAUAUAACGAUUAUGACAAAGACAAAAUUAUACUACUACGAUAAUAUAAAUAAUAUCUUUUGUACUAAUAAUAUUAUAAUUAAUUUAUGACGCAGGUAUAAUCAUUAUCAGUUUCAAACAAUCAGAAUUUUCUUAUAUGUUGUAUUAGAAUAUAUAAUCACUCGAUAAAGUUUAUGCGUCAAGUUCUCAA